UCUACACUCUCUCAUUUUCUUGGCUCUCAUUUUCUUGUCCCGCUGUAAGAUCUGCCCUUGCUACUCCCACAUCUCCUAUGGAUCCAUACAAGUACCGUCCGUCAAGUGCUUACAAUUCCCCGUUCUUUACCAACAAUUCUGGUACUCCUGUUUAUAACGACAACUCCUCACUGACUGUUGGAUCUAGAGGUCCUGUCCUUCUUGAGGAUUACCAUCUGAUCGAGAAGCUUGCCCAUUUUGAGAGGGAGAGGAUUCCAGAACGUGUUGUCCAUGCUAGGGGGGCCAGUGCAAAAGGCUUUUUUGAGGUCACUCAUGACAUUUCGCACCUUACAUGUGCUGACUUCCUUCGAGCCCCUGGAGUUCAGACUCCUCUCAUAGCUCGCUUCUCCACUGUCAUCCAUGAGCGUGGCAGCCCCGAAACCAUUAGGGACCCUCGUGGUUUCGCUGUGAAGUUUUACACUAGAGAGGGUAACUUCGAUUUUGUGGGAAACAACUUCCCUGUCUUCUUUAUUCGUGAUGCAAUGAAAUUCGCAGAUGUGAUCCAUGCAUUUAAACCCAAUCCAAAGACUCAUAUCCAGGAGAACUGGAGGAUCCUUGAUUUCUGUUCCCACCAUCCUGAGAGCUUGCACGCGUUCACCUUCUUCUAUGAUGAUGUGGGUGUUCCAACAGAUUACAGGCACAUUGAAGGUUCUAGUGUUAACACCUACACUCUGAUCAACAAGGCUGGAAAAGCACACUACGUGAAAUUCCACUGGAAACCCACUUGUGGAGUCAAGUGCUUGUUGGAGGAAGAGGCAAUCAAGGUUGGAGGGACUAAUCACAGCCAUGCGACUCAAGAUCUCUAUGACUCAAUUGCAGCUGGCAACUAUCCUGAGUGGAAACUUUACAUCCAGACAAUUGAUCCGGAUCAUGAAGACAGAUUUGACUUUGAUCCACUUGAUUCGACCAAGACCUGGCCAGAGGACAUCUUGCCUCUGCAGCCUGUUGGACGCUUGGUCUUGAAUAGGAACAUUGACAACUUCUUUGCUGAAAAUGAAAUGCUUGCAUUUUCCCCUGGUACUGUGGUUCCUGGCAUCUCUUAUUCAGAUGAUAAGAUGCUCCAGGGUCGAGUAUUCGCCUAUGGUGAUACACAGAGGCACAGACUUGGACCAAACUAUCUGCUACUCCCAGUCAAUGCUCCCAAGUGUGCCCAUCACAACAACCACUAUGAUGGUUUCAUGAAUUUCAUGCACCGAGAUGAAGAGGUUGAUUACUUCCCUUCGAGGUAUGAUCCUGUUCGUCAUGCUGAGAAGUACCCUAUUCUUCCUACCGUUUGCAGUGGAAGGCGCGAGAGGUGCAUCUUUGAUAAGGGGAGCGACUUCAAACAGCCUGGAGAGAGAUACCGAUCCUGGGCACCAGACAGACAAGAGAGAUUUGUCUCCCGAUGGGUUAAUGCCUUAUCUGAUCCACGCGUCACCCAUGAAAUUCGCAGCAUCUGGAUCUCAUGGUGGACUCAGGCUGAUAAAUCUCUUGGUCAGAGGCUAGCAAACCGUCUUAAUGUGAGGCCAAGCAUCUGAAUCAGAAAACAACCUAGACAAUCGAGGUUGCAUGGGCGAACACAUCCUAAACAUUGAGUGGACAUCUGCAGUAGUUGAAUUCUGAAACUUGCUGUUAUCAUAUUUGGUUGCUGUGCUAUAUAUGUAUUAUAUUUUCUUUCAUGGAGGUUGCUGUACUGUAUUAUUGUGGAACAAAGCAAACUUUUUGCAUGUCAUGUGAGUUUACCUGAUAAUACUAAUAAUAAUUAAUAAAUACCAGCUAUGUUAACUGGUUCAAUUAUG